AUUCUGUGCAUGAGCCAAGAUGGCGGCUCCGAGCGUGUGUGGGGUUGGCUAGCUAGCAGAUGACUUGACGUGAUUUCUUUAUUUAUUUUAUUCUGCGCGCACCAACGACAAUUCUCUCAAUAAGACUUUAUAAAUCUCUGAGAAAUCCGUUAACUCACGCAAUGGCGGGUCACAGGGUGGAGUGUGUGUGGAAGAGGCACGUGGCGGUGCAGCUGAAGCAGAGGGACCGCGUCCAGCGACAGGCCUUUGAGGAGAUCAUUCAUCAGUAUAACAGGUUGUUGGAGAAGUCAGACCUGCAGGUUGUGCUCUCAGAGAGACUACAACCAGAUAAAUAUGAACUACAGAACAGACACGACCUCAGCCCGGGGGCAGAGUCGAGUCGCUGUGAUAUGCUGCAGCAGGAAAUGUCACAGAUGCGCAUCAAACACCAAGAGGAGCUCACUGAGCUGCACAAAAAACGUGGCGAGCUGGCCCAGAAUGUAAUCGAGUUGAAUAACCAGAUACAGCAGAAAGACAAAGAAAUACAGAACAACGAGGCCAAAAUGUUGGAGUACCAGCAGCAGAUCUCUCAGCUGGAAGGCGAAUGCCGCGAGCUGCGUAACUGCCUAGCAGACCUGGAGCGAGCUAACCAGACGCUGCGUGAUGAGUACGACGCGUUACAGAUCACCUUCAGUGCUCUCGAAGAGAAACUGCGCAAAACCACAGAGGACAAUCAGGAGCUCGUCACACGCUGGAUGGCCGAGAAGGCACAAGAGGCUAAUCGGCUCAACGCAGAGAACGAGAAGGACUGCAGGCGCAGACAAGCGAAACUGCAGAAAGACCUGGCUGAUGCUGCAAAAGAACCACUACCUAUCGAUUUAGACGAUGACAUUGAGGUGCUUACAGAGGACACGGGGAAAGGGACAGGAGAGACGUCUCCCAGUCACCCAAUGAGCCGAACACCCAGUAAACGAGCGUCUCAGGUUCCUCCUGGUAAUCUCCUAGAUUCCAUCUCCACUAUCUUUGGCGUUAACAGACGAAGGUCUCUGAACUCCCACGGCUCGCCCCCAGACAACCCAGAGACUCCUUCUGGUGUGUGCGCCGACGUCCGGGUCCCGUCUACUGCACUCCACAUUUUUGACGCCCAUGACGGUGAGGUGAACGCAGUCAGGUUCAGUCCAGGCUCUCGUCAGCUCGCUACAGGAGGAAUGGACCGACGUGUGAAACUGUGGGAAGUUAUUGCAGGGCGCUGUGAGUAUAAAGGUGCUUUAAUGGGCAGUAACGCUGGAAUCACCAGCAUCGAGUUUGACAGCACGGGCUCUUACCUGUUGGCUGCAUCUAAUGACUUUGCGAGCCGAAUCUGGACUGUAGACGACUACAGACUAAGGCACACACUAACAGGUCACAGUGGAAAGGUUCUCUCUGCUCGGUUCCUGUUGGAUAACGCUCGCAUCGUCUCGGGCAGCUACGACCGAACGCUCAAACUGUGGGACCUACGAAGCAAAGUCUGUAUGAAGACGGUGUUUGCGGGCUCUAGUUGUAACGAUAUCGUGUGCACGGAGCAGUGUGUGAUGAGCGGCCAUUUUGACAAGAAAGUGCGCUUCUGGGACAUUCGUGCUGAGAGUACAGUGUGUGAGUUGGAGCUGUUGGGUCGGGUCACAUCGUUGGACCUGAAUCACGACCGCACAGAGCUGCUCACCUGUUCCCGUGACGACCUCAUCAAAAUCAUCGACCUGCGCAGCAACGCUGUGAGACAAACCUUCAGUGCACAGGGCUUCAAGUGUGGGUCAGACUUCAACAGAGUCACCUUCAGUCCUGAUGGCAGUUAUGUUGCGGGGGGUUCAGCAGAUGGUGUUCUUUAUGUAUGGAAUGUUCUAUCAGGGAAAGUGGAGAAAACCCUAGACAAAGGACACAGCUCCUCCAUUAACGCAGUGUCCUGGUCUCCGUCUGGUUCCUAUGUGCUCAGUGUGGAGAAGAGCAGUAAAGCUGUACUCUGGUCAGAUGUGUGAUUGAUGCCACGCCCUGAUUGCCUCACUUCCAGCCUGGAGCUGAUUGGUUCAGCACCGCUUCAGCCUGCUGUGUUUGUUUCUGCCCUGAUUGGAUCACCUCUGCUUCACCUCGCUCUGUUCCAGCCUAUACAAGGACCUCACUUUUUCCCCUUGUACAACAAUUCCCAUGAUGCAUUGGGUUUGGGAGGCGUGGCCAUUUGUACAUAAAGACCCGACACACUUAUUAUAAACAUUUUAUAUCUGUAGUCCUUUUUCCUUUCUAAAUGUUACCCACUUAUUCACACACACCGUCUGUCUGUCUGUCUGUCUGUCUGUCUGUCUGUCUGUGUGAUCACCAAUUAUUAAUAUCUGUUAUUUUUCUUAAUGAUGUUCCUGAAGAUUAGUUCUUUCAGCUAAAACACCGCUCUGAGACGUCACAGUCAGUUCAGCAGCCGCACGUCAUCACAACAGCUCUUAAAAGUAGCUGAGCGUUUUUUCAAACGAGCAUCAGCUCAUGACCCCAAUAAAUAAGCCUUGAAGCACAAUGCAGAUGAGUGUUGACAUUAGUGUUAACAGCAGUGACACGGCUCCAAAAUCCUGUCGAAGUUCACUAACGUUAUUUAGUGUCGACUCGGUACGAACGACGCUUUAAAUUAGCGAAGCUGGCGUUAGCAGACCGUUCCUCUGAUGAGCUAGUUAAUAUAUUGUCUUGGUAUAUUAUAAUGAAGUUAAACAAGGCUUUAACAAUGCUUACAAAAGUGUACAAAAACAACACACACACCUGAACUGACAUGUUAUAAAUGUGAUGUUUUGCUGAAAUGAAGCAGGAUCUUAUGUAGUGAUGAUGAGUGACUGGAAAAUGAGCCAAACCUUGCAGCCAAAUUCUAUUAAUCCACCUCAGUAUAAACACACUCGUCUACUUUAUCUGUAUUGGAGCGAGUGGAACACACACACACACACACACACACAGCAAAUGUGAGGUGAUACUUACAGUGGAGUGGGUGUGGCUUAACUUAAAUGGUCUGAAGUGGGUGGGGCUUAUGAUGAAGUAACCUUAAAAUGGUGUGCACUUUAAUUAGGGCUUAAACACACACACACACACACACACACACACACACAGUGCACGCCUCCUGAACACUCUUCUGUUCAUUCUUUCAUCCUCUGAAUCAAAGCAUCUUACUGGCUCUUUCAAUUAACACGGACAAGGCUUAAAUCUAGCACUUUGUAGUGGGCGGGGCUCAGGGUGACCCUUGAAUCCUAUUGGGUAAUGUAUGUAUGUAUAUGUAUGUAUAUGUCUGUGUAUGAGACACUUUAUGUUUACACACAAUGAAACAGAAAUAAUACGA